AUGCACAUCUUCGCAAACUCUGCACACCGGACGAGUCGACCGACAUGGACCAGGACGCUGGCAUGUGGCCUACUGUACUGUUCCUCCUGGACGUCCGGCGCCGUCGCCGACAAGACGGCUGCCGACUAUUUUGUCUCGUCACUGCCUGGAGCUCCUGAGCCUUUGCUCAAGAUGCAUGCUGGUCAUGUCGAAAUCACACCUGAACAUCAUGGCAACCUCUUCUUCUGGCACUACCAGAACCGCCACAUCGCCAACAAGCAACGCACAGUACUAUGGCUCAACGGAGGCCCAGGAUGUAGUUCUAUGGAUGGUGCCAUGAUGGAGGUUGGCCCCUACAGAGUCAAGCCCGACGGCAAUCUGGCAUACAACAACGGCUCUUGGGCCGAGUUUGCGAACUUGCUCUUCGUCGAUCAACCCGUGGGAACUGGCUUCAGCUACGUCGAUACUGACAGCUACGUUCAUGAGCUGAGCGAUGCUUCCACCCAGAUGGUGCAGUUUUUGGAGAAGUUCUACACCAUCUUUCCCGAAUACGCCAACGACGACCUCUACAUCGCGGGUGAAUCAUACGCCGGCCAGUACAUUCCUUACCUAGCCGAAGCCAUCCUCAAGCGCAACGCCGAACAGAAGAGCAAGAAGUGGAACCUCGCCGGCCUCCUCAUUGGCAACGGUUGGAUCUCGACAGUCGACCAAUCUCUCUCAUACCUUCCCUACGCAAAGAAAAAUGGCUUGAUCAAGGACGGCUCCGACAAUUCCAAGAGGGUCGAGGCCCAGAACGCAAAAUGUAUACAAGACCUCGACAAGGGUGGAAAGGAUCACGUCGAUGUGCCAUCGUGCGAAAACGUCCUGCAAGAGAUUCUGAGAGUCAGCAACGAAGAGCACGGCAAAUGCGUCAACAUGUACGACGUGCGUCUGGAUGAUGCAUACCCCAGUUGCGGCAUGAACUGGCCCCCGGACCUCACUUCAGUCAAGCCUUAUCUUCGCCGCCAGGACGUCACUGCUGCUUUGCACAUCAACGCUGGCAAGACCAGUGGCUGGACCGAGUGUAACGGGCAGGUCGGCUCGGCCUUCAGGGCUCGCGAGGCGAAACCUUCUUAUGAGAUCCUGCCCGCUCUGCUUGAACAAGUCCCAAUCUUGCUCUUCUCGGGCGACAAAGAUCUCAUUUGUAACCACAUAGGCACUGAGGAGCUCAUCAACAGAAUGCAGUGGAAUGGCGGCAAGGGUUUCGAAACAGCACCCGGUGUUUGGGCACCUCGCCGUGACUGGACUUUCGAAAACGAGCCUGCCGGCAUCUGGCAAGAGGCUCGCAACCUUACAUACGUCCUCUUCUACAACGCCUCGCACAUGGUUCCAUUCGACUACCCUCGCCGCAGUAGAGAUAUGCUGGACCGUUUUAUGAAGGUGGACAUUGAUAGUGUAGGAGGCACACCCACCGACAGUCGAAUUGACGGCGAGAAGGGUCCUCUAACCAGUGUUGGAGGUCAUCCCAACAGCACCGCAGCCGAGGAAGCCGAGAAGGAGGCUUUGCAGCAAGCAAUCUGGAAGGCAUACUACAAAUCUGGUGAGGUUGCACUAGUCGUUGUUGUCGUUGCCGUGGCAGCUUGGGGAUACUUCAUCUGGCGACAAAGGAGAAGUGCAGCCGGCUACCGCGGACUCUCGCUCAACCCUGACAUGGAUGGUAUGGGUCUCAACUCUGAGAACAGAAGGAAACAAGCAAGAAGAGAUCUGGAAGCUGCUGAUUUCGACGAGGCAGAGUUGGAUGAGUUGACUAGUCCUCACAAUCAUGAGAGAGAACGAUUUGAUGUGGGAGAGGACAGCGACGAUGACGACCAUGGCAAGCCAUCUUCCCAUCCUCAGCGUGGUAGAUAG